AUGGAGCUCUCGGACCGCUUCGACGCGUGGCUCCAGGACCUCGACGUGCCCGCGUCCGAGGGGAAGCUCGCGCGGCUGGACCGGGAGAACCGGCGGAUCCGGCGCGGGCGGCCGGCGAAGAAGAAGCCGUCGGCCCUGCGGGCCCAGGCGCUCUACGCCAAGGGGCUCGCGAAGCCCUUCGCGCACAACGUCGCGCCGCUGACGGGCCUGCGGUCGGCGACGGCGCCGGACGUGGGCACGCUCGGCGCGCACCCGUCGGCGCCGCGGCUCCUGCCGAAGCGGAAGAGGAACGCGCGGCUGCCCGAGCUCGAGGGCGCGGGGGCGCGGCCGCCGGGCGGCAGCACGCUGCCCGCGCGGAGCUUCCCCCUCGGCGGCCCGACGGGCGCCGACGCCUGCGCGCGGCUCCAGCGCCAGCUGGCCGAGGCCGCGAGCAUGGAGCACUCGGGCGACCCGCACCUCGGCCCGGGCUACGCCGUCUGGGGCCUCGUGCCCGACGGCGUCGCCGCGCGCGCGCCGCCGACGCUCGCCGUCGUGUGCAACCCGCCGACGCUCGUCUGGCGCGACGGCCGCGAGCGGGCCGGCGGGCCGUCGCUCGUCGCGCGGAGCUGGGCCUGGGGCGCGGACGCGGACGGCCACCGGGGCUGGCUCGGCCUCGGCGACGACGAGAAACGGGCCAUCGAGCAGCGCCUGCUCGGGGCGCGGCUCGCGGCGCCGCGGAGUUUGGGCGACGAGGAGGCCGACGAGGACGGGCGCCGCCGGAGCGCGGCGCGGCGCGGGCUCCACCGGCGGCCGCUCGUGGGACUCGACGGCGCGCCGGUCGUCGUCCUCAAGUUCGCCGACGGCGGCGCGAACGGCUCCGUGGGCAUGGAGGCGCGCGCCGCCGGCGACCGCGUCGAGGCCGAGGCGCACCCCGCGACCUUCGACGGCCACCGGCGCCGCGGCUCGACGACGGGCCACGCGUGCGCGUUCUACCGGAGCCCGCUCGCCGCGCGCUGCGCCCUCAAGGCGCUCUUCGACGUCGAGCCCCACGGCGACGACGCCCGGGGCAAGUACGGCGUCGCGCUCCAGGCCUACGUGAAGCCCAAGGGCCCGUCCGCGUGGAUGGUCCGCGCCGUCGUCGACGCGGGCGGCGGCGGCGGCGGCGCGCCGGGCCCCGGGCCCUGGCGCCGGGGCGACGGCUCGAAGCACCGCGGCGCCCAGCCCUACUGCUGGGUCUUCUCCGACGGCGACCCCGUGGCGACGGACUCCGCGCGCGCGACGCGGCCCGAGGCGCCGGCCGCGGCGGCCGCGCCGCCGCGGUGCUCCAUCGUCAGGUCCGUGCCGACGGCCGCGUCCUGGCGCGGGCCCAAGGCCGCCGCCGCCGCCGCGCUCCAGGGCGUCAAUGGUCUCCUGCCGCCGUCGCUGUGCCUGCGGAGCCUCGCGGCGGACUUCGUGCAGGACGAGGACGGCCGCUGGUGGAUGCUCCAGAUCAAGGCCGCGCGGCCGCGGCGCGACGGCGCGGAUUUGGGCGACGCCUGGCGCGCGGGCAAAGUGCCGGGCGCCGUCGCGGUCGUGCCGGAGCGCGCGUCGCCGGCGCGCGCGCCGGCGGACGACCACCUGCUCCGCGACAACCAGAGCCUCCACCGCUACGAGGAGACGUGCGAGGCCGAGCUCGCGACGAUCGCCGCGGCGGGCGCGACGAGCGACCGGCCCUGCGCGGGCCAGUACUGCGACCUGCCCGUGCCCAAGGCGCACCGCCACGUCUACGGCGACACGCUCCACCAGGGCGCGCGGUUCUCGGUGCCCCGCAAGGUCGUCUUCGACAAGCCGCGCGCCGACGACGCGACCGCGCCGCCGCCGGACGCGUCCGUGACGCGGCUCAUCACCAUGACGCGGCGCGAGCGCCUCAGCCUCUACGACACGAUCCACGUCUGCGCGUGCUGCCACUUCCAGUACGUCGGGCCCCCGCGCGCGCUCAACGUGCCGAGACCCGCGGACCCCGCGGCCAUCGGCGCCGCGGUCGACGGCAUCGUCGACGCCGCGCGGGACCGGGACCCGGCCGAGCGGCCCGACGACCCGCCGCCGCCGGCCUUCGCCGUGCCGCCGGCCCUGGCCGACGACGACGACGACGACGGCGACGACGGCGGCGCGGCGAAGGACGCGGAGAUCGCGGAGCUCCGCGCGGAGAUCUCGGCGCUCCGCGGCGCGCUGCCCCGCGAGCCGACGCCGCGGGCGCCGACGCCGCCGCCGACGCCGCCGCCGCCGAACGCGGCGGCGACGCUCCUCGCGGCCAUGGACGACAUCGACGCCAUCCACAGCCAGGCGACCGCGACGAUGGAGACGGCCAUGGAGCACCACUUCCGGAACGCCGCGUCGUUCCUCGACGACCUCGACGCGACGAUGGCGACGGCCCUCCGCGACGGCUACGGCGCGGCGCCGCCAAACGACGACUACGCCGACGACGACUUCGAGGCGCCGGGCCCUCGACAGCGCGGGCUGCCGCUGGCCGGCGGCGCGGUGCCGCCGGAGCCCGCCGCCAUGUCGAGCCGCACGGCGCUGAUGGUGCAGCCCCGGAACGGCACGUGGCUCGCGGGCCCCGGCGGGGGCACGGUGCGCGCGACGAGCCCCGCGACGCUGCACCGGCCGGCGAGCCAGACGGGCCGCGGCGGGCCGCGGCGCAGCAACCGCUUCGAGGGCGGCCAGUGGAAGAGCAUCUCGAGCGAGGUGAGCAUCGCGAGCCGCGAGCCGCACCCGCGGCCGAGCUCGCCGAGCUCCUGGGCCGAGGCCUGGGGCAGCAACGUCGCGACGAGCCCCGUCGAGCGCGGGCGGCAGCACUCGCUCGCGGCGCGGCCGACGACGUCCGGGGGCCGCUGCGGCGUCGACAUGGGCCCGCCGAAGCCCCGGCCACUGACGUCCAGCGGCCGGUCGCGGCGCGGCGGCGGCCAGGCCGCCGCGUGCCUCGGGAGCGGCGGCCACAGCGUCUUCGACGACGCGUCCGUCGGGUCGCUGCACUCGACGCUGUCGAAGCUGUCCAUGCCGACCUUCAAGGUCCACCCCGGCGACCAGCACUCCCACCAGAACCGGUGCCAGACCGAGUUCUUCUCCAACCUGGCCUACGGGCGGCCGCCGACGGUGCAGCCCAAGGCCGCGAGCAACGCGGGCAUCCGCAACGCGGACCACUACUGGCGCGUCGUCAAGGACGCGCCGGGCCACGACAACUGGAAGCUCUACAGCCCGUCGAAGACGAACGCGCGCGGCGCGCGCUACUCGACGCCCCAGUCGAACACGGUCCGCGAGGUCUACGGCCGCAAGGCCAAGGCGCCGCUCCUCUUCGCCCGGGCGUCCUCGCCGUCGGGGGGGCGCCCGCGGAGCCCCUUCAACUUCACGGCGACGGGCUACGCGAAAAGCCCGCCCGGCUCGCGGCCCCGGAGCCCCUACUUCUAG